UCUCUGGCGUGAUCCGUUGGCACCGGCGAGGCAUAACCGCUCGACGCCGUGCGAAACUCGGCGGGUUUGGCGUUUUACGGCGGAGUUCGACCGUUUAUCGAUGAUAACGAGGGAUUAGAGCGGCUUCAGACCCACGCAGAGGCCCCGGAGGCGAGCUGAGCUGCUGAAGAUGGAGGAGGUGGCGGCCGCCCCCCCGGCCCUGCCCGGACCAUCCCAGCCCACGUUCUGCUGGCCCUCGGCCCCCGACCGCCGCACCCGCAAAUCCGGCUCUGCCAACAUCUUCCAGGGCGUGAACCUGCGUCAGCUGCGGCGCCUGUUCCGCUCGGCCGGAGAACCGGACGCCGAGCAGAGGGCGCGAGUGGUGUGGGGCGACUGGAGAGCAGGCGAGGCGGAGGGGGAGGAGGGGGAGGAGGAGGAAGAGGAGGGAGAGGAUGAGGAAAGACUGGCACAGGCGCUGGUGGGGCUCAGGGUCCGGGCGCGAAACCGCAGCGGAAUCCGUGCGGAGCCUCAUCGCAGCGAAGCCUCCAUGGCAGCCAGAGGGGUCCGAGCGUUUGGACAUGCCAGAAUCAAUGAGCGGCCUUCAGGACAACCACCGGAGGCCACAGCUGAUGAUGAUGAUGAUGAAGAAGCUGCUUUAGGAGCCUGCGGGGGGCAGGACCCUCCCAAGGCUGGGUCAUGUGACUCAGGGGACUUCCUAUAUGAAGGGCGAGAGGUGCGGGGCGCUUGGAGCCGGAGCGGUGCGGUGGAGAAGGAUCCAGAACGCUACCUGCACCGCAUACGACACUGAUGGUGGAGCCGGCCAGGUGGAGGUGCGGCGUUGAGAGAUUAGCACAGAGCAAGAGAAUGGGAUUAGACCAUAAUCUCGAAACCCUGUCUGGCUCUAGCAGGCCACAGCAUUACUAGCUCACUAAAUAUACACUGGGUGGACUUUCAUUAGAAACACCUGCCUUGUACGCACGCGAAUUGGCCAUAUUAUCGGAAACACCCACCCUUUAGGUGCACUUUGUAGGUCUGCGUGUUAUGGACUGUAGCCGUUAUGUACAAUUUAUCUGGUCAGUGGUGGUCUUAUGGGGGUCCAUUUCCACUGAUGGGUAGAGGCGGGGGGGGUUUGGGUUAGGGGGCUCGACAGAUGGGCUACAGUCAGCAAUUAUACAUCUACAAAGUGCACCUGUGUGGAAGGUGUACUUGCUAAAAAUGGCCAGUGCCUGUGGGAAGGUGUGCAUAUUACUCUCAGUGUACACAGAUAAGCAGAAUACAGCUAAUAACACUACACUUCAUGGACCACAAGGCAAAAACUACGACCGCAACGAGACGUGGGGUCCAACCACAGCUGAGAACGUGGAAACUUCAACGCUAUUCAGAGUGGCACUACAGGGCGAAUAACCGCCGGCCCACUGCGCUGGCGCGGGACGUCUGUUCUUAUGAAACAGAUCCGUGAAACAAAAUAGUUUGGCCAGAGGUUGCUAACGUGGCUAACGGUGAACAGCUAGCAGGCCGCAGAAGUCAGCAGUUACCAGUUCCCUCCCUUCGAUAUGAAACAGUUAGCUUGUCCUGAUUAGCUUCCAUACACCAAGAGAAAGAAGUUCUUCGGUUCCACUCAGAGGAAACCGGGGUUAUUAUGUCUUUAUUAGCUUCUUUUCACUGAGAGACAGAGUUAGCCUGUCCUAGUUAGCUUCUUUUCACCGAGAGACAGAGUUAGCUUGUCCGAGUUAGCUUCUUUUCACUGAGAGACAGAGUUAGCUUGUCCGAGUUAGCUUCUUUUCACUGAGAGACAGAGUUAGCUUGUCCGAGUUAGCUUCUUUUCACUGAGAGACAGAGUUAGCUUGUCCUAGUUAGCUUCUUUUCACUGAGAGACAGAGUUAGCUUGUCCGAGUUAGCUUCUUUUCACUGAGAGACAGAGUUAGCUUGUCCGAGUUAGCUUCUUUUCACUGAGAGACAGAGUUAGCUUGUCCGAGUUAGCUUCUUUUCACCCAGAGACAGAGUUAGCUUGUCCGAGUUAGCUUCUUUUCACUGAGAGACAGAGUUAGCUUGUCCGAGUUAGCUUCUUUUCACUGAGAGACAGAGUUAGCUUGUCCUAGUUAGCUUCUUUUCACUGAGAGACAGAGUUAGCUUGUCCGAGUUAGCUUCUUUUCACUGAGAGACAGAGUUAGCUUGUCCGAGUUAGCUUCUUUUCACUGAGAGACAGAGUUAGCUUGUCCGAGUUAGCUUCUUUUCACUGAGAGACAGAGUUAGCUUGUCCAAGUUAGCUUCUUUUCACCCAGAGACAGAGUUAGCCUGUCCGAGUUAGCUUCUUUUCACCCAGAGACAGAGUUAGCUUGUCCUAGUUAGCUUCUUUUCACUGAGAGACAGAGUUAGCUUGUCCGAGUUAGCUUCUUUUCACUGAGAGACAGAGUUAGCUUGUCCGAGUUAGCUUCUUUUCACCCAGAGACAGAGUUAGCUUGUCCGAAUUAGCUUCUUUUCACUGAGAGACAGAGUUAGCUUGUCCGAGUUAGCUUCUUUUCACUGAGAGACAGAGUUAGCUUGUCCGAGUUAGCUUCUUUUCACCCAGAGACAGAGUUAGCUUGUCCGAAUUAGCUUCUUUUCACUGAGAGACAGAGUUAGCUUGUCCGAGUUAGCUUCUUUUCACUGAGAGACAGAGUUAGCUUGUCCGAGUUAGCUUCUUUUCACUGAGAGACAGAGUUAGCUUUUCCUAGUUAGCUUCUUUUCACUGAGAGACAGAGUUAGCUUGUCCUAGUUAGCUUCUUUUCACUGAGAGACAGAGUUAGCUUGUCCGAAUUAGCUUCUUUUCACUGAGAGACAGAGUUAGCUUGUCCGAGUUAGCUUCUUUUCACUGAGAGACAGAGUUAGCUUGUCCUAGUUAGCUUCUUUUCACUGAGAGACAGAGUUAGCUUGUCCGAAUUAGCUUCUUUUCACUGAGAGACAGAGUUAGCUUGUCCGAGUUAGCUUCUUUUCACUGAGAGACAGAGUUAGCUUGUCCUAGUUAGCUUCUUUUCACUGAGAGACAGAGUUAGCUUGUCCGAAUUAGCUUCUUUUCACUGAGAGACAGAGUUAGCUUGUCCGAGUUAGCUUCUUUUCACUGAGAGACAGAGUUAGCUUGUCCGAGUUAGCUUCUUUUCACUGAGAGACAGAGUUAGCUUGUCCGAGUUAGCUUCUUUUCACUGAGAGACAGAGUUAGCUUGUCCGAGUUAGCUUCUUUUCACUGAGAGACAGAGUUAGCUUGUCCGAGUUAGCUUCUUUUCACUGAGAGACAGAGUUAGCUUGUCCUAGUUAGCUUCUUUUCACUGAGAGACAGAGUUAGCUUGUCCGAAUUAGCUUCUUUUCACUGAGAGACAGAGUUAGCUUGUCCGAGUUAGCUUCUUUUCACUGAGAGACAGAGUUAGCUUGUCCUAGUUAGCUUCUUUUCACUGAGAGACAGAGUUAGCUUGUCCGAAUUAGCUUCUUUUCACUGAGAGACAGAGUUAGCUUGUCCGAGUUAGCUUCUUUUCACUGAGAGACAGAGUUAGCUUGUCCGAGUUAGCUUCUUUUCACUGAGAGACAGAGUUAGCUUGUCCGAGUUAGCUUCUUUUCACUGAGAGACAGAGUUAGCUUGUCCGAGUUAGCUUCUUUUCACUGAGAGACAGAGUUAGCUUGUCCGAGUUAGCUUCUUUUCACUGAGAGACAGAGUUAGCUUGUCCGAGUUAGCUUCUUUUCACUGAGAGACAGAGUUAGCUUGUCCAAGUUAGCUUCUUUUCACCCAGAGACAGAGUUAGCCUGUCCGAGUUAGCUUCUUUUCACCCAGAGACAGAGUUAGCUUGUCCUAGUUAGCUUCUUUUCACUGAGAGACAGAGUUAGCUUGUCCGAGUUAGCUUCUUUUCACCCAGAGACAGAGUUAGCUUGUCCGAAUUAGCUUCUUUUCACUGAGAGACAGAGUUAGCUUGUCCGAAUUAGCUUCUUUUCACUGAGAGACAGAGUUAGCUUGUCCGAAUUAGCUUCUUUUCACCCAGAGACAGAGUUAGCCUGUCCGAGUUAGCUUCUUUUCACUGAGAGACAGAGUUAGCUUGUCCUAGUUAGCUUCUUUUCACUGAGAGACAGAGUUAGCUUGUCCUAGUUAGCUUCUUUUCACUGAGAGACAGAGUUAGCUUGUCCGAAUUUGCUUCUUUUCACUGAGAGACAGAGUUAGCUUGUCCGAGUUAGCUUCUUUUCACCGAGAGACAGAGUUAGCUUGUCCGAGUUAGCUUCUUUUCACUGAGAGACAGAGUUAGCUUGUCCGAGUUAGCUUCUUUUCACGGAGAGACAGAGUUAGCUUGUCCUAGUUAGCUUCUUUUCACUGAGAGACAGAGUUAGCUUGUCCGAGUUAGCUUCUUUUCACUGAGAGACAGAGUUAGCUUGUCCGAGUUAGCUUCUUUUCACCGAGAGACAGAGUUAGCUUGUCCGAGUUAGCUUCUUUUCACCCAGAGACAGAGUUAGCUUGUCCGAGUUAGCUUCUUUUCACUGAGAGACAGAGUUAGCUUGUCCGAAUUAGCUUCUUUUCACUGAGAGACAGAGUUAGCUUGUCCAAGUUAGCUUCUUUUCACUGAGAGACAGAGUUAGCUUGUCCGAGUUAGCUUCUUUUCACUGAGAGACAGAGUUAGCUUGUCCGAGUUAGCUUCUUUUCACUGAGAGACAGAGUUAGCAUGUCAUUGUCAGCUUCUUCGUCUGAUACGUCUUCAUUAUCAUCUAUUUACUGAGAAAGGGGAGUCAGUGUGUCCUAGUUAGCUUCAGUUCACUAAGGAACGAGCGCUAGGUUGUCCUGUUAGCUUCUUUUCACCGAGACAUGAGCUUUCAUGACAUUAUUGGCUUCUUUUCACUGAGAGAUGAAAUAGUUCGUCCAUGCUGGCUCCCAUUCAAACGCAGCGAGCAGCUGCUGCCCUUCCUGUCCGACUAACUUUGAUCCCCUGUUAGCCAUGUUAGCGUUCUGGUCUGAACCGCCCGUUUACACAGCGCAGCUUACAGGUGAAACAGCCAGAUUCACUACAACCGUAAGACACUACUGCACUAACGUGUCUAUGGAAGCAGCGUCGAAGUUUAUCCCAAGCAACAGUCGAGCCUUCAGAGGCUGCUUCUGUACCGAGUGUAAAUGCAGUGUUUCUGAGGCUGAUUAGAUUAGAAAUCGUGUAAAACACUCGACGUGAAAUAUUCUGUUGUAAAGGCUGCAGAUGUUCUCAUUGCAACUUGUUCGGCUUGAUUGUGAGAGUUUUUGUGAAUUUUUAAUCAGAUUUUAUGGACUUGUCUUAAAUCUAGCAGACCUCCAGUGCAACCUGAUGUUUUUUUUUUCUCAGAGCCUCGCAUGUUUUGGCUCGACUCUGAUCAUAUGACCGGCCUUGUGGCAGGACUGGACACAAAGUAAGCUGAAGUGUUGUUUAGUCAGGGUAGAAAAGAAAGGUCCCUGCUAGAGGCCCCAGCAUAUCGCUGUUGUCAGAAAAAACCUCGUAUCUCCAGAAUGGUCAUUUUAUAGGAGAGAGAAAAAAAAUCGCUUUACUUUUAACGUAAGUCAAUGGAACCAGAGCUUUCUCCAGGUCAUUUAGGUCCAUUUCUUUUGGCCCACUCAUCGUGAAAUUUAUACACAAUGUACAGGGCAACAGGCGUUUUCUGAUUAUGUAAAAAAACUGAAAAACGCCAAAAGUGGAGAUACAAGGUUUUCUUCUAACAGCAGCGAUAUGUUUUGUUUUGGCUGCUGGUUUACCUGGUCACCCACCAAGGUCAUGCUGGUUGACAAGCAUACCAGCACCCACAACACAGCGUAUCCUGGUUUUUUCACCUUGACUAAACACCAGACCAUAAACCAGUUUACCAGUUUGGAAUUCAUGCUGUUCUGUGCGGGUUUUUUUGGGUCAUUUUCUGACCCCACAUAUAACGAAUCAGCCAAGACGUUGAUGUUUGUUUCUUUUCAGUUUUGCCCUGGAGCUAAGAGGCUAACAGAAAGAUAUUGGGCGGCAUACACUUCCAUUACUAUGUUGCCACUUGGCAUCAGUUCAAAACUCACGAUGCAGACCUCAGAUGCCUAUUUCAUAGUUCAGAUACGUCCUUGACAAUCAGCUACAUUUGCCAUUAGAGGACAAACGUGUAGACCUCACCUUCUGGUGAAGCACUCCUCUAAACUAUUGUUAAAACAUAGGGAUCUUCUUAUCGUCUUCGCUUGAACGUAUAGCCGUACAGCUUGAGGCAGACUGCCUGGUAAUACUUGAGAUGCUAUGCACAUGGUCUUACUUAGUAGCAUGUUAGCAAUACACACUCCCAACAUUAUGAAGUCUACUUAAAAAGCUUGAAGGACAAAAAAAAUCUUACCGUAAAUAUGCAUUACAAAAACAAUUUCAUUGUUCUUCCACACUAGUGUUAACUAUAAGAAAUAAAAAUAAGAAAUAGCCUCUUUCUUCAGCUUAGACAGUACAGAUUGAGUAAUUCAGGAAAUAAGAGCAUUGAAAUAGUUAUUAAAAAAAAAAAAAGUACCGUAGCUGUAACUUUGAAAUCAGUAACACUAUUUAAAAUGCCUUAGAACACCUGUCGAUUCUUUGUAUUCGUUCAUCUGUUGUCGGAAGAAGAGCUCGUAUCUCCGAAAUGGUGACUUUACAGGAGAAG